GCAUGUACAGGUAUAUAAGGUACGUAACGCUGUUCUCAUUCAUUCAUCCUACAUCACAAUGAAAGCCUACAUUUCUCUAUUUACAUUCGCUCUUGCGAUAACAGCGGCCCUAUGUGUCCCGUCCUUCAGGAAAAAGACAACCUGUGAAAACAGGACCGCCUAUUUGAAGUGCCAGACAGGAUACACCAUUUCCAUCAUAAUGGCCAAGUAUGGCCGUACUGACCAUGCUACGUGUCCAAGCAAACAGAUAAAAACAACCUACUGCUCAUCGCGAGAAUCUCUUAAUAUUGUUAGACGCUCUUGUAACGGACUUCAGUCCUGCAAGGUGCGCGCGUCGAACAAGGUUUUUGGAGAUCCCUGCCGGGGCACGUACAAGUACCUUAGCAUUAGAUAUGCGUGCAAGAAAACUGCACCAGCUGGUAUCAGGAGAAGUAUUACAUGUGAGAAAAAGAAGAGCACCUUAUCGUGUCGGAGCGGUGGAGUACUGGACAUCAUGUCAGCUAACUACGGGCGUUCUGAUCCCAACACAUGCUAUUCCAGGAACAUUAAAACAACACACUGUUCAUCCAGCAAAUCGUUUCACGAGAUCAAAGACCGUUGUCAAGGUCAGAGGAGCUGCCGUGUGUACGCUUCCAACAAGGUGUAUGGUGAUCCCUGCAGAGGCACCUACAAAUAUCUCGACGUCAAGUACAGAUGUGUUGCCUAUCACAAGCCAGAAACGUUCUCAAAGACAAUCUGUGAAUCAAAAAGUUCCAUGGUUGAAUGUCCGCCCAACAUGAAACUGUACAUAUUGUACGCCUCAUACGGACGGACUGACGGAUCCACAUGCAGUAGAUAUGGGCAAAUGAGGGACACAAGCUGUAGCGCACCCGGAUGUACCGAGCGGAUCAGGAAAUAUUGCCAAGGUCAGCGUUCUUGUAUGGUCAAGGCCACUAACUCGAUGUUCGGUGACCCAUGCCGAGGAACAUAUAAGUAUCUGAAACUCAAGUACCAAUGUGUGUACUAAUGACUGUCUCUACGCUUGCGUGACCCUAUCCAGCUCUCUACAUUUGUGAUCCCCCGUACACUGGCUACAUGUACCUACCUUUUGUUUAUCUGUGAUUACGAAAUCCUUAGAUUGUUGUCAUAUUUUAUAUUUUGGUACAUGUAUUUGAUCUUUAAUAAAAAAAAAUGAUCCC